AUGGCACUGUCAGCGUCUGCGGAAGCUCCAAAUGUUGCGUCGCGGUCCUCAUCCGAGGACAAGUUUGAACAGGUGCCACAGUUGGUAGGGCAUAUGGACGAAGAUGGAACUGCUCGCCUCAAACCCGACUCAACAUUUACUCUUCCCAGCAAUUCCGAAGCUCCACGUUCCCUAAAGAAAGCUCUAGAUGUAGCAGCAGAUAACAGGAGAGGAGGCUCUUCGUAUGCGGGAUCUGAAACCCAAAGCGAGGAGGACUACGAUGCUUUGAGAACCGAUCCGAAUACAGUAGUUAGAGGAGGCAAAGGAGGAGGGUUUGCGGGAGAGGCAAAUGGAAAGGGAGUUGACAACCCAGAUGUUGAUAAGGCGCUUGAAAAGAUCAAGUCUUCGUCCUUAUCUCGUCCAGCAGCCACAAGACUAAAGAGCAUUCCGAUCACCCUGAACAAGUUGAAGGAGAAAGGGAGGUAUAUCUUGACUGCAGAUGAUGAUGCCCUAAGGGAGAUUCUGCGGGUUGGCAUAGAAAGGGAGAGGAACCCAUCCGCGGCCAAACGGAGAAGUAAAUUUAGUGAUCUAGUCUUCACGCGCCGUUUUACAGCAUUCGACCGGCAGAAUGCUGAAUCAGCUGACUCGCCGUUUCAUGGGUUUUUUACCCUAUUCUGGCUAGGAAUUGCCAUAUAUAUGGUCCAAAUUGCUGCUAGAAACUACCAAAAAUUUGGAAAUCCACUUGGUUCGAACGAAAUUAUGGGUUUGAUGUUUCAUCGAGAGGUCAUAAUGCUUGGGCUGAGUGAUGGCGUUAUGUGUGCUUCUACAGGCUUUAGUCUUAUCUUACAGAAGCUUAUUCGCAAAGGUUGGUUAUCCUGGGAUAGAGAGGGUUGGAUAAUUCAGAGUAUAUGGCAAGCUUUUUUCCUAUUUGCUGUGCUUGAAUGGACCCUAAUUCGGGAAUGGCCAUGGACGCAUACCGUUUUUUUCGUCCUUCACUCGGUGACAAUGCUCAUGAAAAUGCAUAAUGACGAAGCUCUUGAACUUGCUCCGACCGUACUAACGUUAAACUCAGAUAAUGGUCAUCUUUCAGAAAGUUACAAAAUGAGAGCAACGCUCGUAAGGAAACUGAAACAGCUUGAUGCCGUCGACCCAGUCGCGACCCCAUCGGCCACCACACCAAGCUUUUCGUCGUUAACAACGUCCUACCUUGACUAUCAACCUACAGCCAACGAUAUGAAUCAGCGGCGUCAUUCCAGGAGCAAGUCUAUUGAUAAUGGCGAAUCUAGCAUUAAUCAAGUAGCCGCGGCCAUCGAAUCUGGUGAACCUCUCGACAUUGACCAAAUACUUGCCUUUGAGCGUAUUAUCAAGUGGGAAAUCGAUGCUCUAUCUGAGGAUUUGAAAGGCAAAUGCACAACCAGUGGGAACAUCUACCCGACGAACUUGACUGUUACAAAUCAUUUCGAAUACAUUGUCCUUCCAACACUAGUCUAUGAGCUUGAAUACCCUCGCUCAGACAGCAUUAACUGGUACUACGUGGCAGAGAAGGCAGUCGCUGUAUUUGGAAUACUAGGCAUCAUGAACCUCAUCUCUCAAACCUUCAUCUACCCGGUAGUAGUCAGAACAAUCGAGAUGAAGGACGCCGGCUUGCCUCUCCAGGAACGCUUAAAGGAAUUUCCGUGGAUCCUCAGCGAUUUAAUCUUCCCAUUUAUGAUGGAAUACAUGAUGACAUGGUACGUGAUCUGGGAAUGCAUCCUCAACCUCCUCGCCGAAGUCACCUACUUCGCAGACCGAGGAUUCUACUCCGAUUGGUGGAACUCCGUCUCCUGGGAUCAAUUCGCCCGCGACUGGAACCGACCUGUGCAUAACUUCCUCCUGCGCCACGUCUAUCACUCCUCCAUCUCCUCCAUGAAGGUCAACAAGAACACCGCAACACUCAUCACAUUCUUCCUUUCGGCCUGUGUGCACGAGCUUGUCAUGUGGUGCUUAUUCAAGAAGCUCAGAGGCUAUCUCUUGAUUCUGCAGAUGAGCCAGCUGCCUCUCGUCCAGUUAUCGCGAUCGAGAUUCCUGAGAGGCAGAGCAACGUUGGGAAACCUGAUUUUCUGGAUCGGCAUAUUUACCGGGCCGAGUCUGCUAUGUAGUCUUUACUUGAUCAUCUAA